AGCGAAGCGUACGACCGCCAUCAUUGUCCGUAGCGACCGCGCAGUGACCAGUACUAGUGUUAGCUCGCAGACAGUGGAUAAGUGUUACGAUGUUAGCGUUUCCGCAAUGGAAUUUGGAGAUACCCAACGAUGGGUGUAGGAUCCAACGAUGGAUGCCUGUGGACAGGUUCGCGCCCUACCUGGCCAGACCUGUGGUGCUGCCGCCGCUUCCCCCUCAGGCGGAAGACGAAGAUUCAUCAGGUGGUUCAUCCCCUGAACGUAACACGAAUGAGCCUAGUGUAGACGGGGGUGAAACGGUGUGCGGAUGGCGUGGAUGCGGCGAUCGGUUCCCGAGCGUGGCCCGCCUGUCGGCACACGUCGCACGCGCGCACGCACAUGCGCUCAGAGAUGGACUCUUUUACUGUGGGUGGAAGGGGUGCCUAAGACCACAAAAAGGAUUUAAUGCUCGAUACAAAAUGUUAGUACACGUACGUACUCACACGAAUGAGCGCCCGCACAUUUGCAAUCAAUGCAACAAGAGUUUCUCCAGAGCAGAAAAUUUGAAAAUUCACCUAAGAUCCCACUCUGGAGAAAAACCCUAUAUAUGUCCAUAUGAGGGCUGCGGCAAAGCAUACUCAAACUCAAGCGACCGAUUCAAACACACGCGCACUCACACAGUCGACAAACCUUAUUGCUGCAAAGUACCCGGCUGCAACAAGAGGUACACGGAUCCAUCCAGCCUAAGGAAACAUGUCAAAACCAACAAACACUUCACAACUGAGGAGGCACAACGUCGCGAAUCAUCUGACGAAGUGCAAAGUUCAGAAACAUUUUCACCGCCACGAGAGAACAGCUCGUCCUACAAUGUAGAGCCUUCGUCACCACUACAAAACCCGGCAUAUAGUCCAAACAGAAAUACUAUAUCACCGACCAUACCUCCUUACAAUCCUAUAUUGCCCACUAUGAGUCCUUCGAUCUCUCCACCUAUAGGAUACUCCCCUUUGAUUAAUCACAUAACAUACAUAAGACCAGUUGAAACGGCAUAUCCCAUAAGGGUUCCCACACACGAAAUGUCAUAUUUUGAGUACACGCAAAUGUAUGAACAAGCACAUAGAAGUUAUUACUCAAGUAGUGUCACAUAUCCGGUAUUAAGGCAAAGUGUAAACGAAAAAGUAUACACUUAUGAGGACCAGCCUCCAUUCGAUGAUGUACCAAUUAAAGAGGCCAAACCAACAGAAAGUUAUAGUCCAGCUGAAGACAUGCCUUUGAACUUAAUAUGCACCAAACGAAUUGAGUGCAAACCUAUUGAAGAGCUCGUCAGGCGUGACUUACCUUUAGAUUUAAGUACUAAGAGUUAAAACUAUUUAUUAAAUUAUUUAUUACUA